AUGGCUACGCAUCAAAGUUCUCUGCAGGUCGAUCACGAACUCAUAGCUCAUCUAGCCCUUUCAGCUUACCACCAGCUGCCACCUCGAGGCGGCAAACCGGGCAUCAAAUCCAACAACCGAAUUGAAUGGACCGUACUAGCUGCCUUUAUCCUCUCCUACCCUGCCACGGAAUCGCGUCAAUACACGCUUAUAAGCCUAGCUACGGGACUCAAAUGUUUACCAUUCACCUUGCUACCCGCUCACGGAGACGUACUGCACGAUCAGCAUGCCGAAGUACUCGCUCGCAGAGGCGCUCGAUCGUGGCUUCUACAUCGACUGGAGCAGGAAGUCGAUUCUGGUGAACUCAAGCUCUUUCAGGAGGCUGAAGCUAAGGCUGGGAAGAGGUGGAGGCUAAGUCAAGGGGUGAGAUUGCAUCUUUAUGUGUCUACGUUGCCAUGCGGCGAUGCUAGCAGCAAGUUGCUCGACUUUCAAAGGGCUGCACAGGAUGUACUCGCAGCUACACCAAAUGCACCCACGCCGACCGAGCUGCUCGCAUCAGAUACUCAAACGUCUUCAAGCUCAAGCUGCACAUCCAGUAGCAUUGUACGAGGCCGCGCCUCUUCAACGCACCAUUUGCUCCCAGCCGCCUCGCUUCGCACAAAACCAGGACGACCUGACUCGCCACCCUCGAUCAGCAUGUCGUGCUCCGACAAGAUCGCACUCUGCAACGCACCCGGUAUAGGUAUGCAGGGGAGCCUACUCUCCUCGCUUAUGGAACCAAUUUAUAUUCACUCGCUCACGAUGUGUGACCACCCCACUCGACACAUCUUUCCCGCGUUUCCUUGGACUCCGCCGGACCAAGAGAUAGAAUUCCAAGAACAGGCAAGGCAAGCGCUGAAACACGUGCUGGCACAAGACUGCCGUCGCGCUUUGCAGAGGGCACGGCCCAUCGACGACCCUCAUCCAAUCAUCGUAGGUUGGUCAACGGUCGCAUUCGUCGACAGCAGAGAGUCUCGUCUCGAAUUCGCCUGGUCGACCUUGUCCUCCUCCCCGGUUUCAGAUAGCCAUAUUGCUGAUGGCAAAGUGCCAAACAUGUCGCAGCUCAAGUCAUGCGAACCAGUCAGCUGCCCUAACUCGAUCCUCUACAUCCGCGAUUCAGCUUUACAGUCUAAAAAGGGCAGAGUGGAGAACCUCGCAAGCGGCACCAAGAUGGGCGCGCCCACGCGAAGGACGAAGUCCCAAAUCGAUGGACAGCUGAGCGAACCAUUGAAGCCACCAGCUAGGUCUUGGCUGUGUCGACUCAACUUUUUUCAGUCUUUCGUUGCUGCCUACGAUUCCAUCACUGGCAUUGCACCGCCACCAGAGCGGAAAUCGCUGCUAUAUCGUGAUGCAAAGCAAGGGGCCUUUGGUGAAGGAUCCAAGGCAUACACGACGAGAAAGGCCGAGUUGUUGGGUGGGACAGAGGACGCGCAAAAGCGUGUGCAGCAGUUCUUGGCUGGCGCCAGGCAUGCCACGGCAAUCAAGGCUACGAUGCCGACAAAUGAGGUGCAAAACACGAUCGCGACACGAGAACCAGGUGAAUCUGACAAGCUAAACGCGCCUGCACAGGACGCGAGCGUUUUCACCGCCUGGUUGAGAACUCCAGUCGCCUUGUCACAGUUCGACCUUCGAGGCCAUACAGCUCAAGCGCAAGCGCAAGCCCAACCCCCUUGCGCAUCUGCACCCACCAUUGGCGUCCCAACCUCGCUCAUUCCACACCACGGCACAGAGCAAUGA